CCUCCAGUCCGAGUAAACAAAAACAAAUCGUACGCGUUUAAUGUCGCAUAUGUUUAGGUGAAAAAUGCAAUUAGAGAAGAACGAGGUGUUAUUUUGUUUAGAUAAAUGAUUCCCUGUUUGCCGAGAUCCUAAGUAUUAGCGUAACGAAACACUUCUAUGAACUACAAAUGCCAGCGCCAUGUUCUACCGUUCCAGCAAUUCUGUUCCAAAACACGUCUGGGUAACGUAGUUUAAAACAUAUAGGGAUAACUUUAAACACAACCUUUAAAGACCAACGAUAUAUCUUUAUCGUUAAUAUGUAUUAUUCAUUGUUAUAUUUGAGAGGCAGGCUGACAUUUGGUAUUUCAGUGUAUCGACUUCUAUGUAUGUCUGAAAACCAUGUCCAACAACCAUUUAGGGACUUAUGGGAGGUUAUUUAAGAAGAGACAUUAUUGUUACUCUUUUAGGCACAGGUAUAAUGGCCAUGCUAGAGAAAAGAGCGUAUGAAAAGGUCACUUUAACGGAGUAAAUUACAGAUUGCGUCGCUGUAUUGAGUCAGUCUGUCACUCACUCAGUGGGCGUGGCUCGCUUGACUUUCGUGUGUCGUCACGCACUACUUCCGGGCUGCUAAGUCCGCCCACGUUGGUGUUCGCGUUUGGGGCGCGAUUGUUUGACUUUUGUGAAAUCGUUCACAUCAGCUUUUCAAUCAGACGUUAUUUUCUGUCAAAGGUGGAAAUUCUAGAACUUUGCGGAUGAAAUCAGAAACAAAGCUAAGCUUUACUAUGUCCUCCAAUGCCCCGAGUUUCAAGUAAAAAGAGACUGUUAAACCCAAACAAAUCUCAGUUGUUGUUUGAAGAGGCUCAGAUUAAUGGCCCAAAGCAUGACUGUGGACCACAGCUUCGGAGUGCUAUUCAGCCCAGAACAUUUACAUCAGAAAAACAACAUAGAGCUAAUGCACAGCGUCCUCCUUGGGUGUCGCCACAGUUUAGUUCACAGGAUAUCAAAGCAGUUAGUCGUGGAAGGGAAAGUACGAGAUGUAAAUCUUUUCAUCACAACAGACGAACGGCUGUCUGCAAAUACACUCAACUUUCGUUUGAGACAAACCGGCACAAGAACCUUCAGACAAAACCAACCAUUCAACCAAUACUCAAAGAAGUAAGGUGUUCAACGGCUAAGAAAGACAGACCGAUUUCUUCACGCAAUCUUGAAGAACUUGUUGAGACUCCUAAAAGGAGACCGUCUCUUCGGAAAGGGGUGAAAAGAAGUACUGCUCAAUCUGUGGUUAGACCAGUUGCUUUCAGGCAUACGGAGCUCUCAAGCAUCCCACAUAACCGUGGAAAUGAGAAGAGGACAUCUGAAGGUUUUGUUCACAUCACAGUGUCGAAAGAAGGCCAAACACCAAACACAAGCUCAGUUCCUGCACCUCCGGAGGUAGAGACACCGGAAAUGCCACAUCGUUCCAGUGCAACUUCAGCCAGCAUUUCACAUCUCCCGUUUCCCCCAAACCAGGCAAACACCCCUCCACGAACUCAGAAUACAAGUGUCCUGGUGAAGGACACACCUGAGAAAGACUAUGGGCUGAGGGUAACAUGGAGAAGGAGAAAAGGGUUAAUGAAAGUAUUGAUGGACAGGGGAAAGCUCCUUGUCGCUGAUACACAAGUUGCUAAUGAAUGGAUUUAAGACUUUGUUAGUAGAUGAUGUAAUCAUUUAUGAUUUGUAUCACAGUCUUUUCGAGUUAAAUUAUGUGAUAAAUUGAGAGACGAGUUGAUGA